AUGUCUCUGCAGGUCGCAGACGACAAAGCGGCAAUAUGUCUUUCCUUCAUCCUGGAACAUGUCCAAAGGCACAAAGCCGCAAGUCCCAGACGCCCGCUCAUCGUAGGUCUCAACGGCAUGCAAGGUGUGGGCAAGACGACCUUGGUGGCGUCGCUGGCUCUGGCUCUGGAGGGAAAAUCCAUCAAAACGCUUGUCUUCAGUCUUGACGACCUGUAUCUCACCCGUCAGGACCAAGUGGAAUUUGCCAGUGCGAAUGCCGGUAAUGCGCUGGUGCAGCAUCGCGGGGAGCCAGGAACGCAUGAUGUGGAUUUGGCAAGGUCUAUUUUUGCUUCGCUGGUUGAGGGACAGCCCACCAGUAUCCCUCGGUUCGACAAGGCCUUAUUUCAAGGCCAUGGGGAUCGCCUUCCCAGGGAGCAAUGGAGGCGUCUUAAUCAACCGGGUGAUGAGCCCACAGAGGUCAUCAUCUUUGAGGGAUGGUCCGUAGGCUUCCGGCCCAUAAGCGCCGAGAGCCUGGAAGCGAAAUGGGAAGCACCUAGCCGUACGCUCCGUAAACACAACUUGGAGCACCUAUUGUUCGUGAACGAAAGGUUGGCUGAGUAUGAUGGCAUCACCGAGUACUUUGACGUCUUCAUACACCUCGACUCGGAAGAUGCAGACAGUGUAUACGCUUGGCGGCAGGAGCAGGAGCACUCGCUUAGGGCUGCAAGGGGGGACCCGGAUGCGGGCAUGACCCCGGAGCAAGUUACCAGGUUUGUAGACGGGUACUAUCCUGCUUAUGAACUAUACACUGAAGGGGUAAGAAGUGGUAUCUUUGCAGAGAGGCCAGGGCGUCAGUUACGGAUCGUUGUUGGGCGGGAUAGAAGGGUUAAGCACGUGGUGCGACUCUAG